AUGACCCUGGGUAUAAUGGACAGUUCGGUUUCCAACGGGGCUACCGCCACGCGAGGACAAGAGGCAGGGCGACUCCCUGUUCACAACAAGUACUACAACUCGAUGGAUCCCUCCACAGCAACUCGGCAAGCUCUCGCCACCCCGGAGCUCCGAGAGUUGAUAUUCCGGCAGCUGCACUGGCGCGCACUGUUCUCGGCUCAGCGGGUCUGUCGUUCCUGGAACAGUCAGAUUCGGGAUUCUUCGUUCUUUCAAGAAGUUCUCUUCCUCAAGCCGUUCAAGCAUGCACCGGUUGAACGAAGUGUCAACCCAAUCCUCGCAGAAGUAUUCCCGUUCUUCUUCCGAAACAAUGAGACCGUCUACCCGCAGUGCAAGGACGAUGGAUGUACCCUGGGCGAACUGGAUAUGAUCAAGAACCCCUCGAGGAAGGCGGCAUACCUGCGUCCCGAGGCGAGCUGGCGCCGGAUGCUGGUGCAGCAGCCUCCCAUCCGAACUCUCGGCGUGUACCGUGCUUCCUUCGGCCCUUUCGGCUUCGGUGGCAAGUAUGUCGCUCUGCAAAUAAGAGAGGAUCGGAAGGCGCAGGACGGCGCGCGCAUGGCAAUGCUCUUUGAGCUGCUCUGUUUGGAUAAGACCCUUACACGCACCUUUGAAGAUGUCAAUGUGCUCUGGUCGGAGGAAUCCGCAAACGAUCAUGCAUACUAUGAAAAUGGAGAGUGGCUGGAUAUUACCCCGAUCCCUGAAGUCAUGUUGGUGAAUAUAUUCGCGCGUGGCUGCUCGGACUCGGACUUUGAGUGUGAUGAUCAGGAGGUGGUGGACGGGAUCCAGGCGUCGUAUCGAUCGCUGGGUCUGACGCCACAGACCUUGGGUGACGAGUGGGAAACCACAGUCAAAAUGUGGCAAGGGACGUGGGAUUGA